AUGGCCACGCGCGAGCCGCCCGCCACCAGCUACCCGCAGCCCGAAGUGCCCACGGGACUCGCGCUCUUCCUCACUAUCCCCUACGCCUUCUUCCUGCCCGAGCUGAUAUUUGGAUUCUGGGUCUGGAUCCUCGUAGCCGCCACCCAGGUCGCAAGCCCAUUGCUGCAAGGAUGGGUGAUUUAUGUGUCCCUCACCUCCUUUAUUAUCUCACUGGUGUUCCUGUUGUCUUACUUGUUGGGAUUUUACAAAAGAUUCGAGUCCUGGAGUGUCCUGAACAGCCUGUACCAGGGCACCACCGGCAUCUUGUACAUGAGUGCAGCCGUCUUACAAGCACAUGCAACCAUCAUAUCUGAGUCCCAGAACAUCAGUCAUUAUUACUUGAACACGUCAGCCACGUUCUUUGCCUUUAUCACCACCCUCAUCUACAUCCUUCACGCCUUCAGCAUCUACUACCACUGAUGUUCUUUCACCACCUGUAUUCACCCUCUGGAUGACAAU